AUGAUUGAUCUGAUUGAAAAACAUAACAAGAUGUUAUAUGAAAAGAAUCAGCUCAAGUAUGAAGAAUCCAAGAAAAGAUUACAAAAAGCGAAUGAGCAAUUGUAUAAGAAUAAGAAUAAAACUGCAGAAAUUCGCCAGGAAAUCCAUGACAAAAAGGAGAGUGGACAGACGGUGGCAUUGUUUAUAGCUAUGAAAAAAUCUCAAGAUGAUUUACGGCAAAUUGAAAUUGAGCUAGAAGAAACUGAAAAACUAAAUUUUGUUGAAAGGUAUGAGUUUCAAGCAGGGCACAUGGUGGGACAGCUUUUGGAGGAAGAGAAAGAAUUUGGUGAAUUGUUGGUAACGGCGUCAAAGUCCCCCAAAGUACCGCCACUUGAAUUAAAACCUCCUGGUGCUUUUGUUUUACCUCGUCAGAGCAAUGCUAUGGUACAAUCUGAAAUGGCCGAUGGAGAUGAACAGGAUAAUUACGAAUACAUAGAUGAAGAUGCUGACGACGAACAAUUUGAUUCGAGGAUGCCUCAAAAUGCCGCAGCUAGCAGAAUUUUUGAUGUAUUUUGCAAUGAUCUGAAUAGGAGAUUUUAUAAAGAUGCACCUCCGAUUGCAAAGAAACCAUCGCCUGAAGCCAUAUGGCGACGAGGAAACACGUGGCACCAUUGUAAUGAUUCUGAUACAGUAACUACGGAACAGCUUCAGGAAAUUGAACAAACACAAAGACCGGAACGAGAGCAAUCAGCACAUACGGAUCCUAUAUUUCAUGUCCAAUCAUGUCAAGAUAUGAAAUCGGUACCUCAACAAAAGCCAGAAGCAAGUGGGAGACGUGGAUACAUCCCUGGGAAUUAUCUAAGGAAAGCUCAAGAUAUAAAUCCAGGUUGUGAAUUGGCGGAGAUAUUAUUACAUCGUCGCCGUGCUCUGUUAGAGAAAAAUUCUUCAAAUGAAAAAGUACAUCGUCAGGACAUUGUGCAGACACAUAUUCCAGUCACAGCGCAGCCAUCUAUGAUAGACCAGAAAAAACUUGACAUGAUGUGGAAAAGAACGGAUGAAAACAAAUAUAAAAUAUAUGAAGAAUGUGAGCGCAUUAGCAAGUUCAUAGAAAAUAUAUCAAGCUCAAUUGUGCACGUUUGGCCAGCUUACGACACAAAGGCAAAUGAUGAUAUUGUGUUUGUUGUUCUCACAACUAAGGACAUCGAGGACGAUCUUAAAGUCCAAAACAAACUUGAAAAAACUGGUUACAAUGUCUUUGUUACUCACGUUGAUUCGUGCAGCAAAGAAUCAGAACAAGUUUUACAAAAGGCAGAUCAACUGAGAGAGACAAAUCAAUGUUUCUCUAAAUUGGAAGUUCUAGGAAGCGUUAUCAAUAAGCACUCUGACCGACUUCUACGAAAUCACCAAUAUCUAUCUGCUAUAUAUGGAAGUAAUGUUAGAUCUGAAAGGUUUAGUUUAGGGCCGUCUGAGCAUUUUGUUUCUUUCCAAUCAUGUAUUGUUUUAUAUGUUAUUGCAAAAGGAAAAAUUCCACUGCACGAAAAUAAAUUUGAAGACAAUUUAGAUGGCAUUCCGGUUGAUGUUAGAGAGGGUAUAUUUCAGAGAACAAUUUUGCCGUCGGAAAGGUAUAGCAAACCUGUCAAAAUGGGUUGCCAAAUUACAUCAAAUAGGACUCCUGAAUCAUUUGGAACGUUGGGUGGUUUCUUUUACCAUAAAGACUUUGGAUUAUGCGGUGUCACUUGUGCACAUGUUGUGUUAGAAGAAGCAAUGAUACAUGAUCUAAGAGGAGAAAAGAAAGUUUGGUCAAGAGAAGAGUCCCCAAUGGUUUUUCAUCCAAACACAACAGAACAUGAAUAUAAGCUUGGUCCUGUUAAAGAAGCAGUUUACCGAACUGGAAGUGAAGAUUCAAGUGGUAUCGAUAUUGCUGUUUUCAAAAUAGAAGGUGCAACUCCUGAUUCCGGGUUUUUCCCAGAAGAAUCAGAGAUGUGUUUCGAAACUGGAAGAACUCUAGGGACAUCUGACCUACAAUACAAUACACCGGUCUUAAAGUAUGGGCGAACGACCGCACUCACUAGAGGGUAUAUAGAGUUUGAAAAUACCACGGUCCGAAUGAUUAAAUAUGAGCGUAAGUAUACACUUGGCAGCAAUGAGUAUACUUUUCUUUUAAAAAAUCAAAUAGCAGUCAGACCUGAAUCAUCUUUAUGCACUCAAUUGUUCAAUGACUUUGGUGAUUCUGGAGCUUUCGUGUUCGUGAAGGACUCUGACAAUCAGUUAGUAUGUAUUGGGAUUUGUGUUGGUAAACUAAAUACACACGGUAUUAUUAUCCCGAUAUCUGCUGUUAAAGGGGAUCUCGGUAUUUCAAAAUUUUGUGAUUUUAGAUGGCAUCGUCUUAGUGAGAAAAUCAAGGAAAUGGACAAAAAACUAGACAGGAUUUUAGAUAGGUUGCCUUCAAGCUCAAGCCAAUAAAUCA